GGAAACGCUCUUAAUACGGAAGCUCGCUAGGAUAACAGGAGCCGAAACGCGAAGGGGGUUGGAGCAGCAGGAGGCCGUAGCUGGACGAUGACUGACGUGGAAAGUGUCAGAGACAGGAUGAGUCUGGACAAAGCCAAGCUGUGUGACUCCCUGCUAACCUGGCUGCAGACAUUUCAGGUCCCAUCAUGCAACAGCAAGCAAGACCUCACGAGCGGAGUGGCCAUUGCACACGUGCUGCACAGAAUAGACCCCUCUUGGUUUAAUGAGACAUGGCUGGGCAGGAUCAAGGAGGAGAGCGAGGCCAACUGGCGCCUCAAGGUCAGCAACUUGAAAAAGAUACUGAAGAGCAUGCUGGAGUAUUAUCACGAUGUGCUGGGUCAUCAGGUGUCAGAUGAGCACCUGCCAGACGUGAACCUUAUAGGAGAGAUGAACGACGUGACUGAGCUGGGGAAGCUGGUACAGCUGGUGCUGGGCUGUGCUGUUAGCUGUGAGAAGAAACAAGAGCAAAUCCAGCAGAUAAUGACACUUGAGGAAUCUGUCCAGCACGUUGUGAUGACAGCCAUUCAGGAGCUUUUAUCAAAAGAGCCCUCAUCUGAACCUGGAAGUCCUGAGACCUACGGGGACUUUGACUACCAGUCAAGAAAGUAUUACUUUAUCAGUGAGGAGGCUGACGAGAAGGAGGAUCUAAAUCAGCGCUGUCGAGACCUGGAGCAUCAGUUGUCGCUGGCUCUGGAUGAGAAGUCGUCCCUGCAGGCAGAGACCCGCUCCCUGAAAGAGAAGCUGAGUCGCUUCAACGGUCUGGACGCCUCCACCACUGCCAUCACGGGCAAGAAGCUGCUGCUGCUGCAGAGUCAGAUGGAGCAGCUGCAGGAGGAGAACUACAGAUUGGAGAACAGCAGAGACGACAUGCGUGUGCGUGGAGAGAUCCUGGAGCGAGAGGUGACGGAGCUGCAGCAGCGUAACGAGGAGCUGACCAGCCUGGCUCAGGAGGCCCAGAACCUAAAAGACGAGAUGGACAUCCUCAGGCACUCGUCUGACCGGGUGAACCAGCUCGAAGCUCUAGUGGAGACGUACAAGAGGAAGCUGGAGGACCUGGGAGACCUGCGCAGACAGGUGCGCCUCCUGGAGGAGCGCAACACUGUGUACAUGCAGCGCACCUGCGAGCUGGAGGAGGAGCUGCGCAGGGCCAAUGCUGUUCGCAGCCAGCUGGACACCUACAAGAGACAGGCACACGAGCUUCACACCAAGCACUCAGCCGAGGCCAUGAAAGCAGAGAAAUGGCAGUUUGAGUACAAGAACCUUCACGACAAAUACGACGCCCUGCUAAAAGAGAAAGAACGUCUGAUCUCUGAGAGAGAUACACUCCGGGAGACAAACGACGAGCUCAGGUGUGCACAAGUCCAGCAGAGGUCUCUCAGUGGAGCCGGAGGUUUGUGUGACACUGAUGUCACAGUAGGAAACCUGGCUGCAGAGAUCAUGCCUACAGAGCUCAGGGAGACGGUGGUGCGUCUGCAAAGCGAAAACAAGAUGCUGUGCGUCCAGGAGGAGGCCUACAGGCAGAAGCUGGUGGAGGUGCAGGCGGAGCUGGAGGAGGCUCAGCGCAGCAAGAACGCCCUGGAGACUCAGAACAGGUUAAACGAGCAGCAGAUCUCGGAGCUGCGAGCUCAGGUGGAGGAGCUUCAGAAAGCUCUGCAGGAGCAGGACAGCAAGACUGAAGAUGCCAUCUCGUCUUUACUGAAGAAAAAGCUCGAGGAGCAUCUAGAGAAGCUCCAUGAAGCUCACUCAGACCUCCAAAAGAAAAGAGAAGUAAUCGAUGACCUGGAGCCCAAAGCAGACAGCAACAUGGCAAAGAAGAUAGAUGAACUCCAGGAGAUCCUGCGCAAGAAGGACGAGGACAUGAAGCAGAUGGAGGAGCGAUACAAGCGCUACGUGGAGAAGGCGAGAACGGUGAUCAAAACCCUGGAUCCUAAGCAGCAGCCGGUGACUGUGUUUCCUGACGUUCAGGCUCUGAAGAACCAACUGACAGAGAAGGAGAGAAAAAUCCAACAUCUGGAGCAUGACUAUGAGAAGAGCAGAGCCAGACACGACCAGGAGGAGAAACUCAUCAUUAGUGCCUGGUACAACAUGGGGAUGGUGUUGCAUCAAAAGGUAUCCGGGGAGCGUCUUGGCCCCCCCAACCAGGCCAUGUCCUUCCUGGCCCAGCAGAGACAGUCGACCAACGCCAGGCGAGGCCUCAUACGACACCAGCCCAGAUAAAAACGAAGAAAACCACAAAACUGAACCCCCUGCACCUUUUUGCCUUUUAUACCUCCACUGGAUCGCUGCACCAUAGAGCAAUCCUCAUGCUGCUACUGCCCCCUGCUGGCUCUUAACGGUACAAGAACAUCCUGAAGAGGAGAGACACUACUGCGUUUGACUCUUUUAUCAGAGGAACAGGAGCUGAUGGAGGAGACGGAGGGCCUGAGAAGAGGCCCACUCACCUUUUAAGGUGACUUUUAUUUCCUUUUGGACUCUCUCUGUUUCUUUUAAACAUUUUUUAAUCUUUUUUGUUGAACUCUUAAGAUGAAAUGUGAACUAGGUUAGUCAGGCUGCAGUUAGAGGAGCUUUAGGGGCAUCGUAAUGAAUUUUGCAAAGGCUGGAGAAGCUUUAAAGUCACAGAGGAGUGAAAUCAGACAAUCUCAGUCAGCCAUUAGUACAUCUCAUUGGUUUUUGUUCAUUUGUCUGAACUUUAUCUUUGCUUUUUUUUGUCGCCUUUUUGUGUUUUGAGGUGAGUUUGACUUAUUGAGGGACUUGGUUAAGGUAUAAAAACCAUGAGGGUGUGUUAAUAGCUUUUCCCCUCUUUUAUACUCACUGAAAUAAUUUCUCUGAACUUAAAAUUAUUUAAUAACGGGUAAGAAGCUUCACUUGAAACACCAAAGCACUUUCCUAGAGGGUGGAUUAUUCAGUGCCUCAUAGAAGGAAGAAAAACCCUCUUUGGAUGAGAGUAAAUGCUCAUUUAAACCCUUUAGUCUCCUCUAACAUGAACAUAUUUACCCUAAAUAAUCCUUAUUUUUAUUCCUCUCUUGAUUUCCUUUAAAUUUCCUUAUUUGAUUGUUAGAAAUUAGACUUCCUUCGCUUUUCCCAAAGAUAAAAACAGGGUGUCGGUUCUGGGUUAAUUGCACUCAUCACUUUAAGCUCCAAAAAUAUCUUUUAAAGGCAUAUGAUUAGUGAAAUUUAAACCCUCGUAGUUUAUCACGAAGACUGGAAAUCAAAUGCACCGAUAUGAUGAAGGCUGAUAAAAACACUAAGAAUAUUGGAUCAGCUGACCACUGUUUACCGCUGCUAGAUUGUUUUUGUUGACUGAUGUGGAAGGAAAUUCACUCAUUAAGCUGGAAUCGUGAGGUGAGCCUGUUGUAAAACGGUGCACAUACCAACACUACAUCUGCCUUUAUUUAAAAUUAAUUCUUUUUUAAUGCUCAGCAGACGUAGUCGUUAAAAGUCUCAUAUCAGAGCUGCUGUUUGUGACUUGUCCUCUCUCCCUGUGAGCGUUGGUGCUGUUUUCUACAAACCACAGUCCUGCUGUCGUGUGCCGGCGUUUUUCUACUUCUGUUCAUUAUUUUUUGAGUUUGUAUUUAUGGUGUGAGUCACUUUCUUUUCUGCACAUUUGCAUGGUUUGAGGGGUUAAUUUUUCAGUAGUUUGAAUCAUAUUUAAUGGUUUUGUAGAUGAUAGCACAGCGUACGUAGCACAGGGAUUUGAGGCAAGGUCAAGGUUUGUAGUCCAGUCUGUUCAACUUUUGCACUACAAAUAAAUUCAAUCUUAAGAUAAAAA